AGCUUCACUUAGUGAAGGAUCCAACAGGACAGAGGGAAGCCAUUUCUGCACUCUAGAAUUCAAGACUUGGUAGUUAUAGAAUCUGCAAGUUACGCUUAUUAAAAGGCAGUUUUGGAUAUCACUCUCUAAAGCAUAAUACCGGACUCAUUGAUGUUACUCUACCUCAUUAACAUGCAUCUUUAUUCAUGAAAAAGCAAUUAAGGAAAGGUGUUUCACUUAUUACCUUCAUCUUCGCCUACUUGAAUGCAACCUUAACUACACUUGCAGUGUGUCUCCAACUCUAGCCAUGUCCAUGGCACUGAGCGUAUUAGAUAAGGACAGCCUUUUCUCUCCAUUUCAGGCAAUCAUGGUAACCCUUUUAUCGGCUCCACUGUGUUUUGUUGGCACUCAUAAUUUUAUGCCGGUUUUUGCAGCAGCUGUGCCCCCUUAUAACUGCCGCUCAAAUAUGACAAUGGACCAACCCCGCUAUCCAGAAGACCCAUGCACUCAAUAUGUAUCAUCACUAUCCAACAGCACAAAGCCAUGUGAAGAGGGCUGGGAAUAUGAUCAUAGCAUAUUUACCUCUACAAUCAUCAGUGAGUGGGACUUGGUAUGUGACCGUCAGACUCUGAAGGAAGUGGCUCAAUCAGUUUACAUGGCAGGGGUGUUGGUGGGUGCAGCAGUGUAUGGUGCCCUUGCAGACAGAUUUGGCAGAAGAGCCAUGAUCUUAUGUUCACUCCUGCAAAUAGCUGGUAUGGGAAUCGGUGUAGCCCUUUCUCCAAACAUCAUUGUUUACUGCCUUUUUCGUUUCCUGACUGGCAUGGGAAUAUGCGGCCUUAUCAUUAAUGACCUUGGUCUUGCUAUGGAGUGGACUCCAAGACGAUAUCGCCCAAUAGUAUCUAUGAUACAAGGUUACGGUCUCACUUGUGGAGCAAUAAUUCUUGUGGGGUUGGCAUACGCCAUUAGAGGCUGGCGCUGGCUACAGUUAACUGCGUCCCUGCCCUAUUUCAUUUUCUUCCUACUCAUGUGUUGGGUCCCUGAGUCUGCUCGCUGGCUUUCACUCAAAAAGCACUCAAACCAGGCUCUUGCUAAUCUGAACCGUGUGGCCAAAAUCAAUGGAAGAAAAGAGGGAGGUCCCAUAACUCUUGAGAUGCUGAAACUCGAUGAUCAGCAUAGCACAAAAGCAAUGACCACCAAGCUGACACCAUUGGACCUCUUCCGUACACCUACUAUGCGAACUAUCACUCUUAUUCUCUCCUUAAGUUGGUUUUCCAGCAGUUUUGGCUUCUUUGCGAUCGCCCUGGAUGUGGACCGUUUUGGCCUUAGCUUAUAUCUGACCCAGGGUGUAUUUGCUGGCUCUGAGUUACCCAUCAGGAUCCUUGCUACCAUUACUGCUUUCUAUAUAGGCAGAAGACUCACCAUCUCCUUCUUACUCAUCUUUGCAGGGACGCUUUUGCUGUGCACCAUGGCAGUGCCUAAAGACAUGCUACUGCUGCAGAUGAUUUUAACCGUUCUGGCUAAGGCAAGUCUUGGGUCUUGCAUUGUCUGCUCCUACCUUUAUACUGCUGAAGUGUACCCUACAGUGCUCAGGCAAACAGGAUUGGGAUUCACUAAUAUGAUGAUGAGGUUGGGUGCCAUCAUUUCUCCACUGGUAAUGAUAACCAGGGUAUAUGUGUCCUUUCUGCCCAUGGUAAUAUUUGCAGUCAUGCCUAUUAUCAGCGGACUUCCAAUUUUGUUGUUACCAGAGACAUUGAAUUGUCCUCUUAUGGAUACAGUGGAAGAAGUGGAGUCAAGGAACCGGGAAUUGAACUUUCAGAUAAAGAUACCAAAGGAGAACUCAGGGCCUGGAACCAAACUGUAGAUAAACAACAAUACUGCAACUUGUACUACAAAUAGUUAUAACUAUGGCAGCCAUCAAGGGGUACAGGUGGAAGUUAGGACCUUUCAUUGUGUCACCAAGGUCCCAAUGUCCCCCUUAUAUAAAGCCUCAGAGCAAACAUGGCUUCUUAUAGCAGCACUGAGUUACAACAGAUAAUAUAUUCAGUAAUGAAGAAUUCCAUAUUACUACAGGUAUGGGAUCUGUUAUCCAUAAUGCUUAGGGCCUGGGGUUUUCCAAUAACGGAUCCGUGGUUUGG